AUGGGUGUUCAGUGGGAAAAGGGAGGCAGUGGGAAAGACGACAUCUUGCUAGCCGAUUCAUAUCGUUUCUGUUGGCUUCAGGAGCAAUCGGAGGUGGAUCCUAAAGUAGAAAGUGAUGAUCUAACAAAUGAUGAAGGGCUUGAUAGCUUUGUCUCAGAGCUAUCAAAUGCCAUCCCUGGAGUAGAUGAGGCUAUGAGCUUUGCAGAAAUGUUGAAAUUAGUUCAGACUAUGGAUUAUUCAGUAAUAGUAUUUGAUACAGCUCCAACUGGUCACACACUGCGGUUAUUACAAUUUCCAACUACUCUGGAGAAGGGACUUGCAAAAUUUAUGUCCCUAAAAAAUAGAUUUGGUGGUCUUAUAACCCAGGCUUCUCGUCUUUUUGGUCUUGGAGAUGAAUUUAGUGAGGACGCUAUGCUAGGAAGGCUUGAGGGCAUGAGGGAUAUUAUUCAGCAAGUUAACAAACAAUUUAAAGACCCAGACAUGACAACCUUUGUCUGCGUCUGCAUUCCGGAGUUCCUUUCUCUCUAUGAAACUGAAAGGCUUGUACAGGAGCUUGCGAAGUUUGAGAUAGAUGCUCAUAAUAUCAUUAUCAAUCAAGUAAUAUUCGAUGAUGAAGCUGUGGAAUCCAAGUUGCUGAAAGCUCGAAUAAAGAUGCAGCAGAAAUAUAUAGAUCAGUUCUAUAUGUUAUAUGAUGACUUCAGUAUCACCAAGUUGCCACUUCUUCCGGAAGAGGUCACUGGCGUUGAAGCUCUGAAAAGAUUUUCCAAGCAUUUCAUCGCACCAUACAAGCCUGCCUUAACCAAAGGCACUUUAGAGGAAUUGCAGCAGAGGGUUUCAACAUUGAGAUUGCAACUGAAAGAAGCAGAGGAAGAACUCGAUAAACUGAAGAGAGGAAAACACAAGGUGUGAUCUCACAUAUACUUGCCCUUUUUUUAAAAUUAAUUAAACUUCCACAGCCUUUCAGAUUUGCAAAUUAAUGAGGAUAUUUAGUCAAAAUUUUAGGAUUAACCUUGUCAUUUUUUUUUCCUUGGCUAUGGCUUUUGUUUUACCAAUGCGUCUAAUAAAUCUGGCUUAUUUAUUUGUUGUUGUAAGCUCACAUUAUUAAGUCUUGUUUUGAUGUAUCAGGUUAAUGAGAGGAAUUUCCUGUAUUGUAAUGUCAAACUUGAUAUGGUAUCUUCUAAAUCUGAUUUUUUUUUUUGGAAAA